AUGAAUGCUACUUUUGUGUGCUACGAAGAUCCGCAGUGCGGCUCCGACUGUGCACGGCUGCUCGCGAAUGAAUACACGAUUGUAACCCGACGGGCGUCCUCGAUGUCCGCGAAGGCGGCGAUGGCGGAGCUCCGCGUGCAAUUCAACGCCUUCGCCAAGGGUUCGCCGAAGUACGCCGCACGACGCGCGGAGAUCUUUCGUUGCGCGGCGGAAACGCCUGGAGGGAACGCGGAUCGCCCUCCCGGUGGUUUCACGCCUCACAACCCCAACCCGAAUCAUCCGGAGGACGGGGAGGUUGAAAAUCACGACGAUCGCGCGCGCCGUCGGCUGCUGCGUGGGGAUGUGGAGUCGCCUCCGUCGACGGCGAUCGCGGAUGGGCGUCGCGUGCCUUACUACCUCCGAGAGGAUGCACCCGUGAAGGGGAGUUUAACCCGCGGGGUGGUUUUCCCGAAGCCCGUGGUGGAAGCAACGAAAUCGAUCGACGCGGGUUCCACCCUCUCCCCCACCUCACAAGGGAAGGCGAACGCGAAUCAUUAUCACUUGUACGGAAAUAUCCUCGAAAUGGCGUUCGGGAAGACUCCUAGUGGGGGGUUGGCGUCGUCGUUGAAUGAGAAUCACGGCGAGGCAGGGAAGGAGGUGGUGAUCUUCAGUGAAAGCCAAAAGAAUAUUUACUCCUGCGGAAUCCUUUCAACCCCUGAAAUCGCCCUUCAUCAGCAGCCUCGCGUGUGGUUGAGUGUUUGUAAGGUGAAGUGGCGCUAUGGUUCGGCGUGCGAGGUGGGGAAGGCGGAGAUCCACGACGCGGCGGUGCUGGAUUCGCUUCUGGAGCCGUGCAUAUCGGCUCAGACGUUGAUCACGACCAGCGCGGAUGCAUUGAACAUUGAGUUUUCGAUGCAGCGAACGGAAUUGCUCAACCGUUGGAGGUCCUCUACGGGGUUUUGGUGGAAACUAUUUACCCAAUCCUGUGUUUCGGAUAACCUUAAUCCGGUGCAGAAUCCAGUGGAGAAUAGUAAGGAGCAAGCGCUUUGGCUGCCAAGUGAGUGGAUUGUCGCUCAAAAGCUGAUAAAGGAUGCACUGAAUGGGGUUCUUUUUAAGUUCACCGUGCGGGAAAACGUGGUGGAGCGAGUUUUUUACAUCACAAAUAACUGUUUUGUUUCGCAAAUGUUCUGA